AUGUUUCUUCAUAGUUGCUGGUGUACACUUGUUCUCUUUUGCUGACCAUGGUCUUCACUUCAGAGAUUUCAAAACCAUCUAAGAACAGAAAUAAAGGACAUGGCAAGGGAAAGGAGAAUCCAGGCACCUUCCAGGAAAAAGGCCAUGGGAAAGCAUCUCCAGAUCCAGUACUAGGAGGGAACUCGUUUGCCCCGUUUCAGUUUUAUAGUUUAGUGGAAGAAUAUGAGCAAAGUUUAAAUGAGAUGGUGAACCAGCUAAAGAACAACUCUGAGUCCUCAAGUGAUCGAUGUGAAGUGAACCUGAGACUCUGGCUAUCUAAUAGGAGAAGUCUUUCACCCUGGACUUACAGUAUCAAUCAUGAUGCAAACCGCAUCCCUGCAUCUAUACCAGAGGCUCGUUGCCUGUGCACUGGCUGCAUCAACCCAUUCACCAUGCAGGAGGACCACAGCAUGUCCAGUAUUCCAAUCUACAGCAAGAUCCCUGUGCGCAGACGACUGUGUGACAGCAACUCAGCAGGUCAACGAGGAAGAAGAAGGAAAAAGUGUCCUAAAGAAUACACAACAGUCAUGGAAAAUAUUGCAGUCGGCUGUACAUGCAUCUUCUGA